AUGACUAUGGCUUCAAAUUCAUCUUCAUCUUCAUCUAGUAGACAUGUUCCUCGGUUGAAUAUUGUUAUGCAAUUUGUUGGAACGCGUGGUGAUAUUCAGCCGCUCAUUGCUUAUGGGCAGAUGCUACAAAAUUUCGGACAUCGGGUUCGAUUUGCAACGCAUAAUGAACACCGUGCUUUAGUUACGAAUAAUGAUCUCAAAUUUUUUCCUCUCGGAGGUGACUCACAGAAGCUCAUGAAAUAUAUGGUUACGUGUGGUGGAAUUUACCCGACUAUUGGUGCCGUGUUGAAUGGUGCAAUAGGUGAAAAUAAUGAAGCUAUCAGUGAAAUUCUCAAAUCAACAUGGACUUCGUGUAUUGAUCCAGAUGAAGUAACGAAUGAUGGAUUCUUUGCUGAUGCAAUUAUUGCGAAUCCACCUUCGUUUGGUCAUAUUCAUUGUGCCGAAAAACUGCGCAUUCCACUUCACAUUGUCUUCACCAUGCCCUGGUCAGAAACAAUCAACUUUUCGCAUCCUUUAGCUCGGUCUGCAUAUAGAGUAGAAGAAUCCCCUCGAAGAAGAGCAGAAUCAUAUCAGAGCGUCGAACGAUUCAUGUGGACGGGUUCGCAUCGGAUCGUCAAUGAUUUUCGUAAAAACAUACUGGGCCUUCUUCCAUUGAGCAGUGAACAGGCUCUCCGCAUGAUGAAUGAUGUACCGCAUACGUACUGCUGGUCACCUUCACUUGUUCCAAAACCAAACGAUUGGGGUCCUAAUAUUGACGUUUGCGGGUUUUUCUUUCUUUAUGAUAAAACAGACUACCCAGUACCUCGUAGUUUGAUGGAUUUUCUAGACAGUGGUGAUCCACCACUGUACAUUGGCUUUGGCUCGAUCAGUGGUCAUGAUGAACGCAAACUAUUCAGAACUAUCAUAAGAGCUCUUAACAUAACUGGAAAACGAGCGGUAGUCAGCGAUAAACUAAUCGCACCAGAUACUGAAGUGCCCGAAAAUAUUCAUCCAUGUGGCAACUGUCCGCACGAUUGGCUAUUUCAAUAUGUAUCCGGUGUUUGUCAUCACGGUGGAGCUGGUACAACAGCAACUGGACUUCGAGCGGGCUUACCAACUAUCAUCGUCCCUUUUUUUGGUGACCAAUACUUUUGGAGUGAUAUUGUAGAAAAAGCAGGUGCUGGGCCACCGGCUUUAUCAGCGAGAUCCCUUCAUACCAGACAUUUGGUUGAUGCCAUCAACUUCAUCUCGGACGCUAACGUGAAGGCAAGAGCACAGGAGAUUUCCCGCAAAAUGCGAGACGAACAUGGAUGUGAAGCUGCCAUGCGUAGUUUUCAUCAACAACUGCCUUUAGAUGCAAUGCAGAGUGAUUUAGAAGAGACAUAUCCUGCUUGCUAUCGUAUUCCAAAGUACGGCCUUAAGGUAUCUUGGCCAGUUGCUCAAAUUCUAUUAGGAGUAGAAUCAGUCUUUCUAGAUGAUUUACUCCCGUGCGCUACCUGCGAGUGGAAUCCAGCGAAGUCUUUCAAUCUUUCGAUUCCGCCUCUCUAUAGAACUCCCGAUAGGGUUCUACCUUACACAGAAGAUCAACGUAAGAAAAUUAUAGCAGCCUUUUCAGAUGUCAUCAACAAAGUACCACAGAAAUAA